UCUGCGGGAGGCGAGGAGCGGGAGGCGGCGGCCGAGACGAUGCGCCCCGCGGAGCCGGAGCCGCGCGCGCUCGCGGCCUGUUGCACUUGAGAUGGAGCUGCUGCCCCUGUGGCUUUGCCUGGGUUUUCACUUCUCAGCCCUGCAAUGGAGGAAUGGAAGUGGGGUGGCCACCGCGGCUUCCCAAGGGGGCUGCCAAUUGGUGGGUGUCGUUGCUGACUGUCAAGGGCAGAACCUUGCUUCGGUGCCCACCAGCCUCCUGCCCCACUCCCAGGCUCUCAUCAUGGAUGCCAACCCUCUCAGGAUCCUGUGGAAUCACUCCCUCCAGUCUUACCCUCUCUUGGAGAGCCUCAGCCUGCGCAGUUGCCAGCUGGUGCGUAUUGGCUACCAUGCCUUCCAGGAGCUGGGCCACCUGUACAGCCUGGCCUUGGCUGACAACAGCCUCUCAGAGAACUAUAAGGAAACAGCAGCUGCUCUCCACACCCUGCCGGGGCUGCAGAAGCUGGACCUAUCUGGCAACUCCCUGACAGAAGACAUGGCAGCCCUCAUGCUCCAAAACCUCUCCUCCCUGGAAGCUGUGUCCCUGGCCAGGAACACCCUCAUGAGGCUUGAUGAGUCCGUCUUUGAGGGUCUGGAGAACCUCAGAGAGUUGGAUUUACAGAGGAACUACAUUUUUGAGAUAGAAGGUGGUGUUUUUGAUGGCUUGACAGAGCUGAGACACCUCAACCUGGCCUAUAACAACCUCCCCUGUAUCGUGGACUUUGGCCUCUCUCAGUUGCAUGUCCUCAAUGUCAGCUAUAACAGCCUCGAGUGGUUCCUGGCAUCCAGGCAAGAGACCACUUUUGAGCUGGAGACACUAGACCUGUCUCACAACCAGCUGUUGUUUUUCCCUCUCUUACCCCAAUGCAACAAAUUACACAGCCUCCUGCUGCAGGACAAUAACAUGGGCUUCUACAAGGACCUGUACAACACCUCCUCACCACAGGAGAUGGUGGCCCAGUUCCUCCUGGUGGAUGGCAACGUGACCAAUGUUACUACUGUCAACCUUUGGGAGGAGUUUGCCUCCAGCGACCUAUCGGCUCUUCACUUCCUAGACAUGAGCCAGAACCAGUUCCAGUAUCUGCCUGAUGGCUUCCUGAAGAAAAUGCCCUCCUUGGCCCACCUGAACCUCAACCGGAACUGCCUGGCCACACUGCACUUGCGAGAGCGAGAGCCCGUAGGCGCACUGGCAGAACUAGACUUGAGCCACAACAUGCUGUCUGAGCUGCGCCUGGCCCCAGGCCUUGACGGAUGCCUCAGGAGCCUCCGCCUGCUCAACCUGAGUGAUAACCAGCUCUUGGGCAUCCCUGCGGGCCUCUUUGCAGAUGCCAAUAACCUCACUACCAUCGACCUGAGCCACAAUCAAAUCUCUCUUUGCCCCUGGCCGCUUCCGGUUCAGGUACCACUUCCGCUUCCGGCUCCUUCCACACCAGCAAACGCCCCUAGUUGUGUGGACUUCCGGAAUAUGGCGUCUCUGAGGAGGCUAUCUCUAGAAGGCUGCGGGCUAAGGGUGUUCCAGGACUGCGUGUUCCAGGGGACUCCCCUCACUCACUUAGACCUGUCUGGCAACUGGGGAGUCCUGAACGGAAGUAUGGCCCCUCUCAGGGCCAUUGCCCCCACAUUACAGGCCCUGUCUCUGAGGAACGUGGGCCUCAGCCCUGCCUCCGCCAAGUUGGAUUUCUCGGGCUUCGAGCACCUUAGGGAGCUGGAUCUGUCAGGAAAUUGCCUAACUAGCCUUCCAAAGCUCCAGGGGAGCCCGGCCCUGCGAACCCUGGAUCUGCGGCGGAACUGGCUUACGGCAUUGCCUGCCCGGGCUGAGUGGGAGCAAUUCACGGGGAGCCUGCGCGCUGUCUACCUCAGCCAGAACCCUUACGACUGCUGUGGACUGGACGGCCGGGUAGCCCCGCAGCACCUGGACACUGUUGUCGACUGGACCAUGGUCACCUGCAACCUCUCCUCCAGGGUCAUCCGUGUGGUGGAGCUGCCUGCAGGUACACCGCACGGUUGCAAAUGGGAACGGGUGGACAUGGGCCUGCUCUACCUCGUGCUCAUCCUCCCCAGCUGCCUCACCCUGCUGGUGGCCUGCACCGUUCUCUUCCUCACCUUCAAGAAGCCUCUGCUGCAAGUAAUCAAGAGCCGCUGCCACUGGUCCACCAUUUACUGACUGUGGCCGUGGGCCAAGAAUAGAAGCUUCUUAAGGUGGGUGUGGUGGCCCACAUCUCUAAGCACCCAUAGUCAGGAGCCAGAGACAGGAGGAUUACAGGGA